AUCAAUCAUUGAACAAACGUACCAUCACCUUCGAAGCCCUGCAGAACAUGAAAUACCUGGAUAUGGUCAUAUCGGAAACGCUCCGCCUAUGGCCAUCGGCUCCGGCCGUCGAUCGACUGUGUGUACAGGACUACACGCUGGAUGACGAUCAAGGUUUGCGAUGCCACAUGGAAAAGGGAACGGGAGUUUGGAUACCGAUCUACGGUAUUCAUCGCGAUGCCAAGCACUUCCCAGAACCGGACAAGUUCGACCCGGAACGGUUUAGCGAACAGCGUAAGGGCGAUAUUCAGUCGGGGACCUACAUGCCGUUCGGGAUUGGACCCAGAAGUUGCAUUGGGAUGCGGUUCGCACUGAUGGAGUUGAAAUGUAUCGCGUACUACUUGCUGUUGAACUUCCGGCUGGAGAGGACCGAGAACACCAUGGUACCGCCGGUUCUGGAGAAGGGGUUCGUCACGUUGAGUGCAGCGAAUGGUUUGAUGUUAAAAAUGGUGCCAAGAUAAUGACUGCUACUGGUUAAUAGAGCAAGUCUCUAACCAGGAAUAUACCACGGGUACUUUGUAUUAACGCAAUUCAAUUGUUCAGAUAAUGUAUUUCGGAAAUGAUACUUAAAUAAAUAAUACCAAAAAGCUUUUAAUACUUUCUUAUGGUACAUAAAUCUUUGCAUGAUUAUUUGAAACUAAUGUAACUUAAUCUGAUUGAUUAACACAAAAUAUCAUAAUUUGCUAUAAUAAAUUUA